AUGGCUGAUGCUCCUCUUCCUACCCCAUCCGAGCUCCUGCGGAUGGUGACCGAGCAUCAACAAGCAAAUCAACAAAUGGCGAAGGAAAAUCGAAGAAUGCAAAAUCAACUUGCGCAAUUAGUUAACGCUCGGCUAGAGCACAACAAUGAUCAUCAUAACCGAGAGGAAAAUCAUGAGCGUCAAUCGAUGCCGACCCAUGUUUCUGAAACACCUCAGCGUGAGGAAGAAGAUGCCCAACCAGAAGCUGAGGGAGAAGAGUACGACAACUCUGCUGGCCCAUUCACGGCCGACAUAAUGAAUUUUCAACUCCCCAGACAGUUCACCCUGCCAACGACCCUAACCCCAUAUGAUGGGCUAGGAGACCCGAAGCAGCAUAUUAAAAAAUUCCGAUCUAUUAUGAUCGUUAACGGUGCAUCCGACCCUAUUUUAUGUCGUUGUUUUUCAUCCUUUUUAGAUGGUCCUGCACUUGACUGGUUUUGCUCUUUGCCUGCAGAUUCAAUAUCGCAUUUCCAGGAAUUGGCCAAGCAAUUCGAAGAUCACUUUGCAGCAUCAGCAAUAUACUUGCAUGAUUCCGACUACCUGACGACCAUUAAACAAGGCCCACAAGAGAGCCUGAAGGAUUAUAUUACUCGUUUUACAAAGGUCGCCAUGAGAAUCCUCGAUCUUCAUCCUGAAGUCCACCUCCACGCUAUUAAAAGCGGCCUUCGUCCUGGCAAAUUCCAGGAGACCAUUGCUGUGACUAAACCGAAAACCCUAGCAGAAUUUCGUGAAAAAGCCAAGGGACAGAUAGAUGUCGAAGAGCUUCGACAAGCCCGAAAGGCAGAGAAGUCAGCUAGUAUCAAAGACGAUGACAAACCCCGGGAUAGCAAGAAACCUUUCAAGCCCGUUCCGCGUUACGAGUCAUACACACAGUUCAACACGAAGAGGGAUGACAUUAUCAAAGAAAUACUCAACUCCAAGUUAAUCAAGCCUCCUCGUAAAGCUGGCACUUACCCAGAGUCCAAAACUGCCAAUAAAUCCAAAUAUUGCACCUUUCAUCAGAAACACGGUCACACCACCGAUGAAUGUGUGAUCGCUAAGGAUCUCCUCGAACGCCUUGCAAGACAAGGUCACCUCGACAAAUUUAUUGCAGGGCAUAUGCAAAAGAAAAUAACCUCGGCUUCCGACCCAUCAGCAGCAACCCAUCAUCAAAGGAGAAAGAUAAAGCACUAG